UGUUGAUGUCGUCUGUGUUCGUCUGCAAACUGUCGGCUUGUCAUCGGGACGCGGAAAGCACAAGGACCAGUCUAUUUAGUUCGUGAACAGAAGGGCAGCAAUCGUUUAUUUAUUCCUUGCGUUAAGAGUCGCAUCUACCUUCACUGUCGUUCAAAGCGAAUAGCGCUUUUCUCAGAAAAAGACUUGCCGCCUGGCGCGAAAAGUCCGUCCUCAGCUCAUCUCAGGUUAUCCUAAUAGGCCUUAUUUUGAAAUUUAAAAAGAAGGUCACCGUAAAUUAAUAUGAGCACUGCAAAUGGGGCUGAAACUGAGACAGAUCAUGCGUCCAAGCCCUCUGGUUUGAAAGAGUUAAAGAUAUGUGGCUGGGACAUCAGCAGUUGCGAAAGCCAUAUCCUAGAGUCUCAAUGUUCUCAAAGAGUAGAAUGCACUGAAGAUGACAAGCUGUGUUCAUUUUGCUUAUACAACCGGAAGCUGGAUCUUCCUCACAUUCCAGAAAUGGUUUUCCCCGAAAACCUCCUGAGAUUGGAACAUGAAUCUGGUCUCGGCAUUGAAUUCAAUGCCCUGGAUGCUCUGCGAAGAGUUGAUAGUGGAAAAAUGACUGUGGAAAUCGCUUGCGCAGAAGAAUGGAAGGCAUCAAGAUCAGAUCAACCACACAUUGAGCAGAAAGCCAAACCAUUUGACUGGACUUUUACAACAGAUUACAAAGGAACACUACUUGGAGAACUCAAUGCUGUUCCUUCUAAUAUCAACAUUGAUAUGGAAGUGUUGAAAAAGCGAGAGCAAAUUUUGUUUUAUUCAGAUGUGACUCUGUUUGAAGAUGAGUUGCAUGAUAAUGGAACUGCUGUCCUCUCUGUUAAGAUUAGAGUGAUGCCUACUGGUUUGUUUGUGCUUAUGAGAUUCUUCCUCCGAGUUGAUGGGGUAUUAGUCCGAAUAAAUGAUACUCGUUUGUAUCAUGAGUUUGGUACCUCACACUUGAUUAGAGAAUUUACAAGCAGAGAGGGUGACAUUAAAGAGAUGAAGAUCCCAACAGCACUAAUGGUGGACCCAAAUCAAUUUUAUGAGAGUGUGCCGAUAAAGGCAACAUCAUGUGAAAUGCUGAAACUUCCAUCAGCAUCCGCAAAACCAGAACUGAUUAUUGAUACUGUGGCCUCUAGCAUCCAGACCACAGCUACUAUGAAGUGAAAUUGUAUUGUUCAUUGAAUUUAACAUGAAAUUUAUUUUGAUAA